CUUGUAGCGAGCAUCGUCUCCGGGGCGUCGAGCUUCUUGCUCGGUCCUCAACUAUGACGAGCGAAGCUUAGGCUGCGACUCCCUCCCCUGGAUCCGCACACCCAGCCGAUAUCAACGAGGAGGGGUGCACAAUGUAGGCAGUCUGUUCUCCAUACUGUUCUCUGGGAGGGGACAAUGGAGCCAGAAGGGCAACCCCAGACCCCAGGGACCAGCGAUGUGACCCCACCUUUGAACUCCGCACAAAAUCCAGUCACCCCGGCCUUCCUUAACUGCACCUUACAGCAGUCCUCAUGUUCUUCCGACGUGAGCGACGCCCUGACGUCGACUAAAGGUUCACAAGGUCACGAUGGGGAUGUGCCUCCCGAGCAGACCGAGCGCUCUGAGCACAGUGCAGACCCAGCGAGGAGCGCACAGAGGAGAUUCGGGUCCUCGGCCUUUUCUUCCUCCCUGAGCUGGGACGAGAAAGAAACCCGAGAUGAGGAGGAGCUGCAGCAUUUUUCUAACCCUCAAGGUCUGGCUGCUCACAGCCCAGGAUCUCCUUCCUCUGGAUCCAGAGUUGAUAGUGAGGAUGACGAAAAACCUGUAAAAUUGCAGCACUCGGAGCAAGAGUCUGGUCUGUGCGUCUCUGGGGAGUUGCGCAAGGAAAGUCAAGAAAGCACAAUAAGAGAAGAACCAAAUACAUCUCAGCUUGGCCCAACAGAAUUAGGAGGUAGCCAUGACUGUAACAUAUCUGCGGGGGCUGAGGUCCUCCUCUGCAAAAUCAAACCAAAGGAUGCUUGCCAAAUGGGGGAUGAUCCAUACGAAAGGGAGGAAGAAGGAAAAGAUGCCAAGGAUCUUGAGGGGGAUGUAUACACCUUCAUGGGAGACUCUGACCCCGAGAGUCCACCUCAUGCCCCUGACGCUACACACUUCCAGAGGUGCAGGCAGAAGAGAGUCCUGCUCAGGCCCUUCACUGGUACCUUACUCCACACAUCUCCUGAGGCCGGUACGCAAGCAGGCGGGAGUCCCCGAAGGUCAAUCAAUGCCGAAUUGGCACCUCCAAGUCAAAGUGGAGGAUCAUACCAUAUUGAUGAUUUGGGGAAGGGAUCGGCAGAAGAGCCAAUCGUGAUCAGAGACGGUGAAGGAAAAGGAGAGGAGCACAAAGACUGUCGUUUUGAGCGCGGCGCAGAUAUUUUCACUUGUGUGGAAUGUAGCAUAUACUUCAACAAACAGGUCCACCUCAAGGAGCACAUGAUUGAGCACCGUCAAACGAGUGAAGAAGGUUCCGAACGUUUUGAGUGUACCGAGUGCGGAUGGGACCUCCCCGAUUCUGUCGUAUUAGCCGACCAUCAAAAAAGGCACCAGGAAUCCCGUGCCAAGAUCCUGGCGGAAAUCGAGAAACUGAACGAAAAUGAGAAGGCAAAAGAAAGACCGGAAUCUGAGUCAAUAACGCAUGAAAGCCUGCAAAAUAUGAGUCCGCUUCCUGCUCCCGGCGAGGUGUCAGACACUCGUCCACUUCUAUACCAGACUCCGCCUUUAACAUCGGAUGGUGAACAUGCGGCUCUUCAAUCAAACGCAGCUCAAAGUCCUCCGGGUUCUUUAGGAACCGCAUUCCAGCCCCGGGCUGCUUUGUACCGCCGCCGCUUUGUUUGCACCCAUUGUAACUUCAGCACAAGAACCUCCCAGGCGCUUGCCAAUCACACCAAGACACACAUGAGAAAGCCAUUACUUUUUAAGUCCAGCUCCUCUUCUCCCGAUUCCCCAUCAUGUUCAUCUCCUCUUUCCUCAAGUCAAGCCGUAACAAAGAGAUUGCGGAAACGAGCCCGAUCUGGACCGGACUCCAUCUGCGACAGAGCGCUGGGUGAAUCUCAUUGGUCUUAUGAGCCGGUUUCAAACUCCAUAUUGGAUUCCGACUGCGUCUCCGACUCUGUAGCCCCGCCCAACUCAUGUCAAACCAAAGGCCGCCAGGGAAUUGGCGCCUCUGAGAAUGUUGUGGCCACCCAGGUAGUCCUUGGAUGUCAUAAAAACAGGAGGUUCAGUAGGAGAGCAAAACUUGGAUCCAGGCCAAAUGAAGAGGAGUUUCCUGGCUGUGAGGGAGACCAGCAUGAGGGCCCAGAGAUUGACCCUGAGAAGGUUGUAGUGAAAGGACGCGCUCGAGCUCGAUCUGAUCCAGAUGAGUCUCCGGAGCAGCAAAGUGCUGCGGUGUCCCCCGAGAUGAGGAAUAGUUUGAAGGAGAAGGAUGAGCCAGAAGGGGAGACUGACACAAGGGGUUUUGUUUUAAGGAGAAGCAACAGGAUUACGGCCCCCCCUGUAGAAAUUGAGAGCGACGAGUGCGAUGAUGACGAACGCUUGCAACGUUUCCUGUCCGGGGACAUCUCGGAUGAAGUCGAAGAUGAGAUUGAUGAGGUCUCGGGCUCUCUGAGGAGCGUGGAGAGGAAAUGCCCCUACUGCCCCGAUCGAUUCCAUAACGGCAUCGGCCUGGCCAAUCAUGUGAGGGGUCACCUGAACCGGGUGGGCGUCAGCUACAACGUGCGCCACUUCAUAUCCCCGGAGGAGGUCAAUGCUAUUGAGAAGCGGUUUUCCUAUCAGAAGAAAAAGAAAAAAGUGGCUAACUUCGAUCCAUCCACGUUCAGUGUGAUGCACUGUGAGUUCUGUAGCGCCGGCUUUGACACUCGCGCCGGCCUGUCGAGCCAUGCCCGGGCGCACCUGCGAGACUUCGGCAUCACCAACUGGGAUGUUACCAUCUCGCCAAUCCACAUCCUGCGAAAAUUGUUCUCCAGCAGACCGGACCUUGUCAUCCCCACAGCUCCCCCGCGGAGCCCCGUCUCUGUUCACGAAGAGGAUGAAGAAGAAGAAGAAGAAGAAGAAGAAGAGGACGACGAGGAUGGGGUCAUUGAGGUGAAGCUGGAGGGUGAGACGAGCGAGAGGAAGAGGGAUGCUCUUUCUCCUGUUUCUCUCUCGUCUGCAUCUGCUGGACCUUUGAACGCGGAGGAUGGUGUCAAAGAAGGUGACGGAGAGGCUGAAGAAGAAGUUGAGCCUGAGCACUUGGCUGUCGAUGGCCUCAGCUCGAGCCCGAAGAAAACAUGCCUGCGCAACGUGGACCAGGAUUGCCUUUCUGCAGGCGAAGAUGAAGGCACCAAAGUUCAUGACUUGAAGUGUGAAUUGUGCGACGCUCAAUUUGAGAGCAGGCGCGACAUGUCCAGCCACGCCAGCUCUCACUUGCAGGCAUCCAUCGACCUGCUCUGUCAAACUGCCAAGGAGCGUCACCCGGACAGCCAUAUAAGCUCACUUGACCCGGAGCCUCAGUCAGCCAAGAGUUCCUCUCUGGUCGACUCGGAGACCCACGAGGACAAAAACCACGAGGAAGGUGAAGACUUGGACGAGAACGCGAUGCCCCUUUCCGUUUUGACCCAAGCAGUGAAAGCAACGCCAUCCGCUUCCUGUUCGGCACACGCGCCUUCUCCCGCAGGCUCUCCGAUUCUGGCUUACGCGAGCUCUCCAACUUCAGUGGUGAGGAAAGCCCCGAUUUCCUCUUUGCUGCCGGCGUCUUCCCCCUUGCGCUUCACAGAGCACAAGACCGCGGCCGUGAAAGGCUUGACCCCCAACCUCUUAACCUCUGCCGCCAUCUCGCCAUCCAAACCGAUCUGGGCCCCACAUGAAAACGACGCUCCUCUCAACCUCGCCCUCGAGGUGGAGCCUAGCAAGGACAUCGUUUGCCAGCUGUGCGGUGCCUGGUUUGAGACUCGCAAAGGCUUGUCCAGCCACGCCAGGGCUCACUUGCGGCACUUCGGGGUGGAGUACUCGGAAUCGAAAGGCUCGCCGAUCGCCCUCCUGAAUCAGUUGAUGGACUCGGAGGACUUCAAGCACAAAGCCGGCGAAUUCCAUCUUGACACUGAAUCCCGGAGUGUUCCCAGCGUGCUGUCCUCCCCAAAGAAGGCAAUGCUGCCUUCCUCCUCCCCAUCUCUACUGUAUAAGGUGACAACAGCGGGAGGCGGGUCGACCUCCAAAGCUACCUCUCCGUCAUCCUUUGGCCCGCCUCCCAAGCGUCUCAAAUCAUCUUCCGUGCAGGUCUUCCGCCUGGGCAGUGGCGAGAUCAUGAGCCUCCCGCAGAGUGAGCCCACAAAGGAAAUAGGCUGUGAAUUCUGCGGGGAAUAUUUUGAGAACCGGAAAGGGCUGUCCAGCCACGCUCGCUCCCACUUGCGUCAAAUGGGGAUUACCGAGUGGUCGGUCAACGGUUCCCCGAUCGACACGCUGAGGGAAAUCAUCUCGAGACGGGGCUUGCCUUGUGCCCGUCGUCCUUUCAAGUCUCGCAAAACUCCCCCUCCAUCUUCUCCCGGACCCCCCGGUUCCCCGCUGUCGACCCGCUCCUCACCAUCGACCGUCCUUAGCCGAUUACCCUUCGCCUCGCCGCCGCCCGCUUCCAAAUCGAAUUCGGCUCCGCCGAUGUCCUCAAGCGGGCUGAUUCUUAAGCUGAAGCCUGAACCCGUGCAGCUGGAGGUCACAUCGCCGGAAGCGGUGGGUGGUUCCGGCGGCCUUUCCGCCGAUUCGCUCAGCUCCGGCUGGCGCGUCUCCGACAGUGCGUUCCCUCUCAACUUGGCUAUGUCUCGAGAGGCGGAGCCGACAAGAGAUAUUCGCUGCGAAUUCUGCGGCGAGUAUUUUGAGAACCGAAAAGGCCUCUCGAGCCACGCUCGAUCCCAUCUGCGCCAAAUGGGCAUUACCGAGUGGACGGUCAACGGGUCGCCCAUUGACACCCUGAGGGUCUUUAUGCACAAGAGAGGGUUAAGCGCUUCCUCUCAGUCUGAGGGCGAGAAGAAGGAGGGUGCCAAAAGUCCCUCAUGGGCCAACGCAACCAAAACUUCGGGGGGGUUGUUUCUAUCUGGCUACCAGUCGUCCAAGCUCUAUAAAUCCCCUCUUAGUAUGCCAUCAUCGGGGUCCAGGCUUUCCAAGCAAGGCCUGAGCUCCGCGAGCCCCUUUGAGACCCCGAGCUUACCGAAGAUUGUCAGAAUCUCCCCGCUAGGAAAACAGCCCGAAGAAGCCGUGUCGCCGGACGCUUCCCGCGCGGCGUCGCAUCAACGUAAGACGUUCUCACCGCUGCCGCACGACUUCCCUUUGAAAAAAAAGCCUUCCCCUGACAAGUAUUUGCGUAAGGAUCCGAGCUGUGAGCUGUGCGGCUUCUACUUUGAGAACCGCAAGGCGCUGGCCAGCCACGCGCGAGCCCACCUCAGGCAGUUUGGCGUGACCGAGUGGUGUGUCAACGGCUCCCCCAUUGAGACGCUGAGCGCCUGGAUUCACAGCAGGCCGCAGAAGGUGUUGGAAAUGCACCGGAGCUACAUGCAGAGUAACCGCCCCACCUCCAAGAGAAAGAGCAGCUCACCCCUCCCCGCGUCGACGGAUUCUGAUCAUAGCCCCCCCUUCUCGCAUAAGGCCUCUUCAUCCUCUUCAUCAUCCUCCCAAUGGUCUUCCGCUUUGGCGGUGAACCUGGUGCGCCCGCUGAGCCGCGAGCUCGGCCCGGGCUCCAACAAGGCUUCGGAAGAUGAAGCGGGUCCCAACCUUCGGGCUUCUCACGUCAGGCCGACCAGCAGCAGCAGUCCCAGACCCUCGCAGCUUGUCAGUAGCCUUCCACUUCAAGCGCAGGUGGCUCGCAGUGAACUCAAUGUUCGCCUACCCAGAGGUUUUGAACGUCGGCCCCUGAAGCACCCGUCUUGCAUCGAGGGAACCGAGAGGGACAGCGGCCCGGCAAAGCCCCCGCGCACAAGCACAGUCCCCGCUUUAGUGCCAAAGCCACCUGCCUACCCCCUGGUCAAGCUAGUGGGCAAGUUCUACACCCUGAAGUGCCGAUUCUGCGAGGUGGAGUUUCACGGUCCGCUCUCGGUGCAAGAGGACUGGAUCAGGCACCUCCAGCAACACAUCCUCAAGAUGAACUACAGCCAGCCCGCUGAACCCAAAGCAGACCGCGCUCAAGUCAUGACGGACGAGCCGACCGCCGUCCGCCAGGCUUCAGCCGCCGGCACCUCCUCAACGACCUCCCUCACCCCCACCGUGACUCGCUCCGUCGCCGCCAACGGCCGCUCGCCCGAGCCCCUGGCGGAACUCGCUCCUGGCGUCGCGGAGCUCGUCAAAAUCUCGGAGGAAUCGCUCACCCCGGCUCCUCUUCCCCUGCCCGCCCAGGUGGUGUAAGCUCAUCCCUCUCCACCUGGCAGGCCUUGCCCUCCUCUUCUUUUCUUUUACUUUCCUGCCGUUUCAUUCCUUCGAGUCCAUCUGUCUCUUCCCCGUCAAGAGAAUCACUCCCUUUCAACAUUUGGUGAAGGCCAAAGAGCCCUCAGUGCCCCAAGCACCUUUUGAAGCAGCUUUUGAAACUGUUACAAAGUCUCGUUACCAUGGGAACGAAGCCCCUCUUGGCUUGAAGGGCGAUUGCGGCCAAGGUUAUACGCGGAGGUGAACUAUUGUUACGCCUCGUUUUUAUUGAAUGUCCAGGUGUUGACGUGGACCAUUGCCGCAGCCCCCGGCACCCGUUUAUCGGGCGGCGAAAAGGGGUUUAGCGCCCCCUCCCAUCACGCUCCGGCCCCCUUGUUCUCACAAACCAUUUCUACCUUUUGGUAGAAGCAUUGGUCUCACGCACAGGUCCUGACUGAAACCAGAAGAGAAUUCUUCACGCAGCCAGUCUUGCGACGGAGACUUUAAACACACGUUAACACUUAGUGUUAAAAAAAAAAAACAUACGUGGCACUUUUGACAUAGACACUGAGCACUUAUGAAAAUAAUUUGAUUGGAUGAAAUUGUGACUGGUGUAAGGAGCAAGAAGUGGAAGCACACCCCAAAAAAGGGAAAUUUAACUAAAUACCGACCCCAAAAUAUCAAUGUUGCUUGAAUGUAGCAUAAAGCACUUGUUCAUUCCUUUUAUUUCCACACAUUGAGCAAUCAAAAACUUGCCCCGUGUUAUAUACCACUGAUAUUCCACUGCUGCUGUGCAGAUUUUUUUUUUUUUUUUUUAAAUUAUCCCUCUGUUGAUUUCGGGGCCUUCAAAAACACAAACAAACAAAAAAAAAAAAAAAGGACAUUCAUGGUUACAUGUUUUUACAGUUAACCUUCCAUUCACAGUGUUACCAUCGGCAUCCGGCCUUUUUUUUUUUUUUUUUUAACAUAACCCAAAUAAUUAUUUAUUUAUUAUGCACCUGAAUGUGGUAAGCUAGCUCAUUAUAAAGACUUAAGUAGAACUUUGGAUUGUUUGGUAAACCGUGCACUUUUGCACUUGUGCAGUGUGUGCGUGUGCGUAUGUCUGUCCAGAACUGCCCAGCCACAACAUUAGGCACAGUACACUUAGGCACAAUCUACUGAGAUCCAAGACAAAAAAAAUUCUGCCUUUGCAAUGAUGGUCAUGCUCAGUUUGGAAUGACACGCUCUCUUUGUCAUCUUUUGGUGGUAGUUGUCAAACUUAAAUUGGAUGAGGAGCGCCGUUUUCAUAUUUUGACUCUCAUGUAGCGCACCCGAGGGAACCCAAAUAUUAGGAAAAACCCAGGACCAUCAAGUACAGUUGUUGACAACCAACUACAAUUGCAAUAAUAAAUAUACUGUUAACCUAACGCCAUCCUAAUGUUUCAACAGAAACUUUUUUUUUUUUUUUUUUUAAAUAGUCUUUGAGACAGUUGUAUUGGCUCUCUUUAGAUCAUGCGGCUGGUUAGAAUGCUGUGGCCAGUUGGUGUACAUACAUUUGUACAAAUAUGCUUUAGUUUCAAAAGAAAAAAAAAAAAGACGCUUGAUAGGGCAUCUUUGUGACUUAACGUGUGGCCUCCUGAUUGUACGUCGCGGGAUCGGGACGUGCAGGAUAUGCAUUGGCGUUUGGGUGUGCCAAAGAGUCUGUUUACUUCCUCGUCUUGCCUCUGUAAAAGGUGUUUACGUUGGACCUGAUGAUGGGAGCGAGCAUUAAGAGUUCCCCGAGGCUACUCGCCGAAUAAAUGGACUGAGCAGCGGUGGCCCGCAUCCUACUUACGAGCAGCCUUGCGCUUUUUCGUCGGAAGGACGCGGCCUCCGAGUGAGACACCCACCGUGGGAUUGGCGUGAACAGGAGACAAUUCCAGGCAAAACAUGAACAGAAACCAAACGUCAUUCCAAGCCAGGGCUCUGGAGGACUCUCAGCUCGCAGUCCAAACAGAAAAUCGCGCGACGUUGGGCUCCGGUCCUUCAGAGGUUCUUCGGUGUGUUCAUAUCAACGCAAAACCGAAGCAUCAACAUGAGUAAACUUCAAGUUGGUUCCCGUGUUGCCCAUGUUUCACAUGACUGUUUGCUUUCAACGUUCCCCUUCCGUGUGUACGGAAUAUAGACGCACACUAUAUAACUCCAUGUACUUAAGAAGCUGUUGACAUUAGUAGGAGCUCUUAGCAGUUCUACACUGAACGCAAAUGUAAACGCAACACUUUUGUUUUUGCCCUCAUCGAUCGAAGACUUUUUUCUAUGUGCGCAAAUGAUCAAUUUCGCUCAGGUAUCGUUAAAAAAAAAAAAAAAAAAAACGAAAUAAUCUUUUGUCACGGUCAAGUGCUUGAUACUUGCAUUGAGCCAACCUUCACUCCUUAGUUUACCGUCGUCGUAACGGAGAAGCCGUCGUUUGUUUACCACGCCAUCCAAGGAUUUCAUGAAAUAAAACGCACACUUAGGCCAAUCUUGACCAAUACGCUCUUAAUGCAAGCAGGAGUUCGUCGGAAGUCAAAAGCAACGUUUACCGUUGCGAAAAACUGUUUGUCAUUUUGCUCCUUCGAUCUGGUUUGAAUGAACGAGCCUCCGUCAGCGCAAUGCAAAGUGCCGUUUGGAGACAGUGACGAUCGAUCGGCUGUUAGCCAGCGAAUCAGCGCCCGAGAUAAAAGUAGACGAUGAGACGGUACACCAAAGCAAAGAAAAAGGCAAUGAUCGAGUUGAUUUGUUGCGUUCUACUUAGCUUUGGUCCUACUUUUAUGACCAGCGUGUUGCCAAGGUUCUGGAUGUGUGCGCGCGUUUGAUUUCGCGAAACCCCGAUGGCCGCCGUGGAGCCGAGGCAGACUUUUAAACCUUUUGAGUUCAUUGAAUAGAGCCGUGCAAAUGUGCACAAACAUAUUUAGCUUGUGUAUGUGUCAUCUUAUUGCCACCCCUCUGUCAACCCUGACCACCUCGCUGGAAAUGUUCCUGCUCUGGCCUUUUGAAUGUCAAGAUGCAGGCUAAGGCACAGCCGUAGGAAUCACGCUGUCGAAUCAGCAUUUUGAUGUUGCACGCCUGAGAGGUGGCUCACCUUGGCAAAGUAGAAGUUGUCGCCAACACAAAUCGAUUUGUCACCGAUCGUGAGAGAAACGGGCCUUUUGCCGACAUAGCAAAAGAUCGUGAAAAAUGUGAGGGAAAACAAGUGUUGCGUUUUGGUUUUUUUCUUUUUGUUCAGUAUAUUAGCCACGUAGUUGAAAAAAAAAAAAGAAGUGAUCUGAAUUCCUUUAUUGUGAUUUCAUUUCAACCUGAUUCUAUGUAUUUUAGUUCUCUGUGCAUUUUCUGUACUUGCAGUCCUGCAAAGUGAAUAUUAGAACAUUUCUAAAUUUUUAAUCGCUGAGUCGCGGAAACUUUGGGUGCUGGUUAGAAUGUUGCAACGAAACUUGUGUGAUUGAAGGCGAUUUGACAGUGGAUCAAAGCAGCCACAGAAGCUUUUCAAUGGGACUACUUUGCACUCUUGCGCCACUGUAUGAGCCUUAGUGUUCCCCCUUAAAAAAAGUGCGCGCGUGUGUGUGUGUGUGUGUGUGUGUGCGCGUGUGUGUGCGUGCGUGCGUGUAUUAUUGUGUGAGUGUGUGUUGCACACACACUUACACGAUAAUACAAUAGAUACGACAGCAGCAGACAAAAAGAUGUUUGAGAGAGAAAAGAGCUGUUCUGUACAGUUUUAGGUGAAUCAACUCCAGAACAAAAUAAUAAAUGUGAUUUCCGUUUCAGAAAAUGAA